CAGAUAAAAAAUAAUGUCUAUCUCAGCGUUUAGAAGGAAAAAGCUUUUGUAUGUCUUCAAUGUAUUCUUUGACGUCAAUCAAAGUGGCACCAUCGAAAGGAAAGACUUCGAACUAGCUAUAGAGAAAAUCUGCAGUCUCCGAGGCUGGAAGCCAGGUGACCCGAAGAACACCGAAACACACGAGAUCAUGAUCAAGAUCUGGGAAGGUCUGAGGAAGAAGGCGGACUCCAAUAAGGAUGGACAGGUAUCAGUUGAAGAAUGGGUGUCGAUGUGGAACGAUUACGCCCAGAACCCGUCAGCUGCUUUGAAAUGGCAGCAGUUGUACUGCCAGUUCAUGUUCCAGCUGGAGGACGCUAGCGCUGAUGGUACCAUCGAUAGCGAUGAGUUCACCACCGUCUGCUCUUCCUAUGGCAUCGAUCCUCAAGAGUGCAAAGUGGCUUUUAGUAAAAUGGCUAAGGGCAAGGCAAGUGUCUCCUGGGAAGAAUUUCAGGAACUGUGGAAGGAGUAUUUCUCCACUGAGGAUCCAAAUGCGGCUGGUAACUACAUAUUUGGAAGAACCAGCUUCUAAAUAACAUCGAUUUGACAUUUCGACCCAAAACUUUAAAGGGCGAAGUACAUUCCAUCAAUACAUGAAACUAGACUUCCAGGUUUAACACACGGAACGAAAAAAACGGUGCGAUAUUACCAAACGCAAAUUACUGUGACAAAUCAGAUUACACGUGUGAUAGACCUCACGUCAGUGUCAUAUUAACGUAAUUUUGAGUGUGUGUUCAGAAUAUAAUAGUAAUUUUCUCAUUAUAUAGAAUCAUUAAUAUUCAAGUUCCAUAUUGAAGCUCAAAGUUUAGUCAUUUUCAACUCUUAGAUUGUAUGCUAUGAAACCUUUUCACUAUCGACUUUCUUAUAGCAUAUCUUGUAGUCAUAUCUAGGUAUAAUUAAAUGUUAUUAAAUAUUGUGUUUUUAAUUAUAUUUAAUGUUUCAACUUUAGCGUAACGCCGUUUAUUCGUUUUAAAUAUAUACUUAAAAUAUUAAUCGUUUUGCGUCAAAUUAGAAGCACUGCCGUCUGCCGCUGCGUUUCGGACCACUUGUAUGAAUCGAUCUUACAAUUUAGUCGUUUAAACUUUAAUAAUUUCAAAGUUUUAUUACAAAUAUUUAUAUUAACGUUAAUGAUAUAUCGUUACAAACGAAUAUUCUAUGAUAUUUUAGUUGAUUAUUCCUAAUUUAUCAAACUCUUAAUAAUUGUUGUAACGGGUUUUAUGUAUGUAUAUAUUAUAAUGGAAUAAAGUUUACGUCAUACUACUAA